AUGAGUGUGACAACAUUCAUCAAAUUUGUAAAUCAAACCAGAUUACCGAUCACUGGUAGCAUAGUGGUUGUUGUAAAUCAAACCAGAUUACCGAUCACUGGUAGCAUAGUGGUUGUUGUAAAUCAAACCAGAUUACCGAUCACUGGUAGCAUAGUGGUUGUUGUAAAUCAAACCAGAUUACCGAUCACUGGUAGCAUAGUGGUUGUUGUAAAUCAAACCAGAUUACCGAUCACUGGUAGCAUAGUGGUUGUUGUAAAUCAAACCAGAUUACCGAUCACUGGUAGCAUAGUGGUUGUUGUAAAUCAAACCAGAUUACCGAUCACUGGUAGCAUAGUGGUUGUUGUAAAUCAAACCAGAUUACCGAUCACUGGUAGCAUAUUGGUUGUUGUAAAUCAAACCAGAUUACCGAUCACUGGUAGCAUAGUGGUUGUUGUAAAUCAAACCAGAUUACCGAUCACUGGUAGCAUAGUGGUUGUUGUAAAUCAAACCAGAUUAUUCGUAGUUGUCUUGUGCAAGACCCAUGUGCUGGUAAUUUUUGUCAAAAUGAUGGUGUCUGUGUUUCGCUGUCAUGUACAGAAUAUCAAUGCCAGUGUUCUGGAUGCUGGUCAGGACAUUGGAAACCCUUGUCAAAAUUCUCAGUGUCAGAAUGGUGGUUUCUGUGUUCCUGUGGAAGGAUCCUGUACUGACUAUACCUGUACAUGCAGUGGAUGUUACAGUGGACAAUUUUGUGAAAUUUUGCAAAAUCCAUGUGCCAACAACUUGUGUCAAAAUGGCGGAACUUGUUUUAGUUCUGGUGGUUCUUGUACAGAGUUUACUUGUGCAUGUGCAGGAUGCUAUACUGGACAAUACUGUACUGAACUAUUAGAUCCUUGUCAGAAUAACCAAUGUCAAAAUGGUGGAACCUGUAUUGGUAUUCAAGGAUCUUGUACCCAAUACUCCUGUCAAUGUUCAGGAUGCUACUCUGGACAGUUUUGUACACAAUUGCAAGAUGCUUGUGCCAACAGUUUCUGUCAGAAUGGUGCAACAUGUGUUCCUGUUCCUGGUUCUUGUACAGAUUGGUCCUGUGCUUGUGCUGAAUGCUAUACUGGAAUGUACUGUACCCAACUAUUGAAUCCAUGCCAGAAUUCUCAAUGUCAGAAUGGUGGUUUCUGUGUAGCUGUACCUGGAUCUUGUACUGACUAUACCUGUACAUGUACUGGAUGUUAUACUGGACAAUAUUGUACACAAUUAUUGAAUCCAUGCCAGAAUUCUCAAUGUCAGAAUGGUGGUUUCUGUGUAGCUGUACCUGGAUCUUGUACUGACUAUACCUGUACAUGCAGUGGAUGUUAUACUGGACAAUAUUGUACAACUUUAUUGAAUGCAUGUGACAACCAUCAAUGUCAGAAUGGAGGUACUUGUGUUGCUAUCCCAGGAUCCUGUGAUACGUAUCAGUGUACAUGUCCUACUUGCUAUCUUGGACAGUAUUGCUCAACAU